AUGGACGUAAAAGAAACUUUGGGGGUAGACGAAUGGAUAGCGGGACCCUCUCGAUAUAUAGAGAUCGAGAUGGUGUACUGGGGCAAAGAGACUGGAUUCUUGGGUAAUGUAAGAUGGGAGCAUGUGGCGGAGUGUGACCUUCCGCAUAGAGGUAGCGCCGACGAGCCCUGCAAAGAAGCCAGAGACGGCCAAAGUGGUGCAUCGACUGGUGAUUAUGGACUUGAUAUCGGAGACAUGUUGGCCUCUGUCAAGAGGUAUGCCCCCACACAUAUCCAGAAACAACGUAAAGUUGGCAGACCCCAAUCGUUCUGUAGCCUUUAUGAGGAACGAAAGGGGUCUUUUGUCACACUUUUUGCCUUUGAGACAGAGGUGAAGGUGAAGAAUGCUCCAGAGCAAUUGCGUCUCUUGUGCGACUGCAUGCCAUCGACGACUGACAUACAAGAAUUUGACUGGAAUCUCUUGAUUGCUGUGGUAAUAGUAGACGAAUAUCUCUCUCAGUAUCUCGAUUGGCAAUUGCUCGACGAAGCAGAGCUCGGCCAUAGUGCGACUGUCUUGUCAGAACCUUGUCAUGCCCAGGAGCCAGGUUGGCUCAAAGUUGACAAUCUGGAGAGGGUCAAGGACUGGCCCGAUUUGGACGCGGCGGUGGCACCGACCAUAGCACUGGAACGUGCCAUGUUUAUAGAUUUAAUCAUGAACUAG